AUGGGGAGACUUCCGACCACAUUCGUUGGACAUGUUGUCAGAGUGUUCCGGAUAAUGGAUGACAAUAACAACCGGACCCUGGAUUUCAAAGAAUUUAUCAAAGGCUUAAAUGAUUACGCUGUGGUCAUGGAAAAGGAAGAGGCAGAAGAGCUCUUCAGGAGAUUUGACAAAGACGGAAGUGGGACCAUAGACUUCAAUGAAUUUCUUCUCACAUUGAGACCUCCCAUGUCCAGAGCCCGAAAAGAUGUGAUUAUGCAAGCCUUUAGAAAGCUGGACAAGACCGGGGAUGGCGUGAUAACAAUUGAAGAUCUUCGGGUGGUUUAUAAUGCCAAACACCAUCCAAAGUACCAAAACGGAGAAUGGUCAGAGGAUCAAGUGUUCAGGAAGUUUCUGGAUAACUUUGACUCGCCCUAUGACAAGGAUGGAUUGGUUUCAAAAGAAGAAUUUUUGAACUAUUAUGCUGGAGUUAGUGCCUCUAUUGACACCGAUGCCUAUUUCAUUUUAAUGAUGAAAAAAUCCUGGAAAUUAUGACUUUGUCUAGUAAUUCUUUCAUGAAUCAGAGAUUCUCCAAGAGUGGGACUACUUUGAAAGAAGUUCACUAUUACUGAUUUUGAUAAUGUGCAAAUGAAAGUUUCUGAACACCUGGAUUUUAGAAAGCACUAGGUCUUCAAUAAUCUUUCCUAAUGAUCUGGAACAUGUUUAUUUCCUGAGGAUAUAUUUUUAGAUCAGAAAAAAAGGAGAAAAGUAAUGAAGAAUGAAGAAAUAUAGGAAAGAAUAGAGGAGGAAAAGACAGAAUAAGGGAGGAUGAAUAUACAACAGGAAAAAAGAGUGAUAUUUGAAAUGAUUUCCUAGGUAAAAUUAUGUCCUUAUUAUAGGUGUUCCUCAUAUAGGUGCAAAGGUCACGUUUUCCCACACUUUGACUUCUGCAGCAGGAGGUGAUACUGAGGAUUGAAGGAAUGUCUGUGUGAAAUUUCCUGAGCUUUCUUAUUUUCAUGCUUCUCUCAUCUAAUUCUGU